AAAAAAAAUCAAAAUCUUUUUGCAUGACUCAAGGAAAGAAUAAGAAAUUAGGAAAGAAGAAGGGAUAAAAGAAAACUAUCGACCCAUUGGCAAGAAAGGAAUGGUUUGAAUUAACAGCUCCAGUCCCCUUCAGCGCUGGUGGAUUUGGCUAUACUUGCAUCAAUAAAUCUGCAGGAACAGGUAUUUAAUUAUUAUAAAGCCUUUAGUCGUGGCCACUGAAGCCAUCAAAGGACGUGUGGUUGAAGCAUCCUUGGCUGAUCUUCAAGGACAAUCAGAUCAAAUGGCAUGGAGAAAAGUCAAAUUAAUUAUUGAUGAUGUUGAAGGCACAAGAUGCAGAACUUCUUUCUAUGGCCUUGAUUCAACAAAGGAUAAGAUCUUUGGAAUGAUUAAAAAGCGAUAAACUUUGAUUGAGGUACUUUUAAAUUCAUAAUUUUCAAUUAGACUUAAGUCGAAGCCAGAUCAUCAGAUGGAUAUAUCUUGAGAAUCUUUCUCAUUGCAUUCACCAAGAGCAUCAAAAAUCAAUAAAGAAAAACCACUUAUGCUUAAAGAAGUCAAAUCAAAGACAUCAGAAAGAAGAUUGCUGAAAUUGUCCUCAGAGAAGUCUCAAAGAAAAGCAUCACCACAUUACUUGGUUUCUUCAAUCAAGAAAUUCUUUCAAAAGAAAUCGCAAAGGCCACAAGAACUAUCUUCCCACUCUAAAACAUUACUUUAAGAAAAGUGAAGUUGGUUAAGAGACCCAAGGUUGAUGGUAAUGAUGUCUCCCUAAAUUGUUAGCUCAAAAAUUGAGAGAAUUCUACGAAGAUGCCAACAGAAACAAAGCUCAAGUCAGAAGACACGGUCAAGCUGAAGACUAAAGCGCUUUAAAUCUUAUCAAAUAAGGACAAAUCGACAAGGAAGUCACCUAAUAACCAUAAGAAUGAUGAAUUUAUUACAGUAUAAACAAAAUAGUACAUAUAUUAAUAUAAGGGAG